AUAAUUCACCGCCAGGAUCCAAAAACUUGCCACUUUGAUUGUACUAAUCCUAUAAGUGAAUAGUUAUGAUUGGUUAACCAGAAGAUACAAUGAAUAUAAGCCAAACCAAAAGAUUAAAAUUAAAAGCAGCUAUUAUACAUUACUGCUAACGUAGCCCACUGGUUCUUAUAUGCUUCUGGUUUUCUUCUUUAUAUAAAUUACUUUUCAAACUGUUUUAAAAUUCAUUAUCCACUUGUUUUCAAAGGCAUGAUGAGUAGUACGAGCAAAAAUGGGGUGGAAAACCACACGACAUUUCACAAGUAUUUCGAGUCAUGGCUAGUUAGACAGAAUCAAGAUUUGGAUCAGCUGGUACGUGCCUCAAAAGACGAAAACACCAACAACAAUCACGCGAUGAGCCUAUCGAGUUUGAUUCAGAGAGUUGUGAAACACUAUGAAGAGUACUACACAGAGAAAUCGCGGUAUGCUAAUGAUGAUGUUGCAGGGAUGUUGCAUCCAUCAUGGCUAAGUAAUCUUGAAGACGCGCUUUUAUGGAUUGGAGGUUGGAGGCCUAGUAUGGCUUUUCAUUUGCUCUACUCAAAAUCAGGUAUACAACUUGAAGCUAAUCUUCAUGAGUUAAUGAGAGGAUUUAGUAGUAGUGAUUUAGGAAGUUUAUCCAGUAACCAACUUGAGAAGAUUGAUGAGUUACAACAUAGGACCAUAAGGGAGGAAAGAAAGAUAAGUGAGAGUUCAGCUAAAGUUCAAGAAAGUGUAGCAGAUACAUCAAUGGUGGAGCUGUCCCAUGUAGUGAGUGAACUAAUGAGGGAACAAAGAGAUGUUGAAGAAGAAGAGGAGAAAAUCAAGAGAAAUAUUGAUAAAAGAGAGGAAGGUUUAUUUGAUGUGUUGAAAAAAGCAGAUGAUUUAAGGUUAAGGACACUAAAAGAGAUAUUGAAAAUUUUGACACCAAUUCAAGGUGUUCAUUUCUUGAUUGCUGCUGCUGAACUUCACUUGAGGUUUCAUGAAUGGGGUAUGAAGAAGGACGCAAGGCAAUGACCGACAAGCCAAAUUUUGAUAAAAGGUGCACGGAUCAAGAAAGCAUAGUUGUAUUGGUGGAUAUUGUUACUGGAGUCAAUGUCGUUACUACUAAUUACUAUUAGGUAGAUUAAAAUGGGAUGAAGAUUUUUAGGCUUUGUUUGUUUGUUUGUUUAAUUUCUGUUUAUGCAGAGACAUGAUUAGUUAAGAAUUUAAAAUCUUUUUAUGA